UUGGAUUUCGUGGUGGCCACAUUAUAGCCAACAUUGCGGCUUCUGGUGGAAGCACUGUAAACUAGAAAUUCCCCAGAAUUGACAGGGUGUAGAAAAAUUGAAAGGUUCAUCGACACGGAUUUUCCCAAGUGCUUAAAUCCGUAAAUCGGGCGAUUACACCUUCAGUGAUAUUUCAUCGCGGUGCAUAAAAAUCAUGGCGGCCCCAUCAACCGGUGUGGUGGUGCCCCGAAAUUUCCGGCUUCUGGAGGAGCUAGAAGCGGGCCAGAAGGGCGUAUCGGACGGCACCAUCAGCUGGGGCUUGGAAAACGACGAUGACAUGACUCUGACUCACUGGAUGGGGAUGAUCAUUGGCCCCCCUAGGACCCCGUAUGAGAAUAGGAUGUAUUCAGUGAAGAUUGAGUGCGGGCAGAGGUACCCCGAUGAUGCGCCUUCGGCAAAGUUCAUUUCUAGGAUCAACAUGAAUUGUAUUAAUAGCAGCACGGGGGUGGUGGACAAUAGGCAAGUUCCAGUCCUAGCGCGGUGGCAGCGGGACUACACGAUUAAGACAGUUUUACAAGAAUUGCGUCGGUUAAUGACACUCAAAGAAAACAUGAAACUUACACAGCCUCCAGAGGGCAGUUGUUUCUAGCCCUUGCGCCCUCCCAACACGUCCCCGUUGCCCUCUGCAGCCAACUGCCCUCUGAGUGUUGAUACCUGCACAACUCAGUCUUGUUGUCUUUUGUGAAUAAGUAUCAAUCAUUAAGUUAGUUACCCAAAUGACAUGAAAGGGACAAGAUGCAGAGGGGCUAAGUUAUGUGUACAGCUUCAUGGCUACACCGCUAAAUUAAUUUUAGGUCAUAAAAGUUAGAUUCGCCAUAAGUUCAUACUGUCCAGCAUUUAUAGAACUGUACUGCUGAUGUAAUUACUCUGUUCAUAAUAAAGUUUUAUAAUAGGAUGUGUUGCCGUUAUUUGUGCAGGUUUUAAUUGUUAUUCUAAUCGUAAUUAAUUUGUGAUUAUAAUCAAAUAAAUUUGUAACUCAGAUUUUUUAUUUUACAUGUCUACUCAUUGUUGUGGGUUUGACUGGCUCAAACAACUUCAACACAUCGCGCACUUGUCUACAUUUCAUGUUAACUCAUCAACGUCAUAAUAAAACAAACUAAUUUUA